GCUCCGGGGGAGCUGAUGAGCAAGUCCGGCCCGACUUGGCUGGAGCUGUUGCCAUGACAAGCAUUUUCUUAAGAAAGCUCUGCUGUUGAGACGUCCAAACCUGGGGGUGGGGGGACGAACUUCCUGGGGAAUCACCCCUCGGAGGAGCGGGAGGCCAGAGACACCCACCCAGCUUCCCUGCACCCAUUUUCUUCCAGGAACCUUCCCACUGCGAGGGCCGGGGGUGGACACCCAGCCCACUCCCUGGCCGUAGCCGGAAAGGCAAGAGAGCAAAGCCAGCAUCUCUAGCGUGGUCGCCACUUUGGGGAGACCGGUGAGGGGUUACCCCCGCCCUAUCCUGUCCAUGGAAACCCGGAGGGAGAGUCUCGCUUGGAGAAGCCCGGAUCUUUGCUAGAAAGAGAGAUCCAGUUGUCUUUGGUAUCCAGGGAGGCCUCCUCUUCCUCCUCCUUCUGCUGCCUUUCCACCACCACAGUUGCUGGAUGUUGCUAAGGUUGCCUCCAUGGUAACAUGCACAUCCUAUUUACACCUCCAUCUGGGCAAGUUGGUCUAAGCUAGGAACCUACCUACAUUGGACAACCACUUGCAUCACCACCUAGGGACACCAAUCAUCGUGACACAAGGUCCAGCUGCCACUCAGUUCCCCCAUCCUUUUCCUCCUCUCACUGCCAAGCUUCAUACUCAGAAAAGGGAUCUGCGCUAGGAGCUGCUACUCUGAAGCUUAUUGCACAAGGUACAGUCGAUCUGUUUCCUACCUGAGCUCCCAGAGAAGCAAGAAGUAGGAAGAAGUGAGGCAGAAAGGCAAGAGACCCUGGUCAGUUGAAGGGAAACUCCAAGUUUUCUCUGACUGAGGGGCUUGGUAACAGCAGGCAAAAUGACCAACCCAACAGAACAUGCCUUGCCGGCCAACUCCAUGGUUGAAAGCCAUGAAGGGGACUUCGGCUGCACAGUAAUGGACCUGAGGAAACUCAUGGAGCUGCGUUCCACUGAUGCCAUAAACCAGAUCAACGUCCACUAUGGAAGUGUAAUGAAUCUCUGCAGUAGACUGAAAACCAACCCUGUGGAAGGUCUGUCUGGGAACCCUGCAGAUCUGGAGAAACGUAAGCACGUGUUUGGACAGAACUUGAUCCCCCCAAAAAAGGCCAAGACCUUCUUAGAAUUAGUGUGGGAAGCCCUUCAAGAUGUCACACUCAUCAUCCUGGAGAUCGCCGCCAUCAUCUCCCUGGUCCUGUCCUUCUACCGCCCCCCUGGUGAAGAGAAUGAACAGUGUGGCCUACCUGUAAGUAGCCCUGAGGACGAAGGGGAGGCAGAGGCCGGCUGGAUUGAGGGGGCAGCCAUCCUGUUCUCGGUGAUCAUCGUGGUGCUAGUGACCGCCUUCAAUGAUUGGAGCAAAGAGAAGCAAUUCCGGGGGCUACAGAACCGCAUAGAAAAGGAACAGAAAUUCUCCGUUAUCCGAAAUGGUCACAUCAUUCAGCUCCCGGUGGCUGAGAUCGUGGUGGGUGACAUCGCCCAAAUCAAAUACGGUGACCUGCUGCCCGCAGAUGGGAUCCUGAUCCAGGGGAAUGAUCUCAAGAUUGACGAGAGCUCCCUCACCGGGGAGUCAGACCAUGUCAAGAAGUCCCUGGAAAGAGACCCCAUGCUGCUCUCGGGGACCCAUGUCAUGGAAGGUUCUGGCCGGAUGGUGGUGACUGCCGUGGGUGUCAACUCCCAAACUGGAAUCAUCUUUACCCUCUUGGGGGCCAGUGAGGGGGAAGAAGAGGAGAAGAAGAAGAAAGGUAAAAAACAAGGAGUCCCUGAAAAUCGCAACAAAGCAAAGACUCAGGACGGAGUGGCCCUAGAAAUCCAGCCGCUCAACAGCCAGGAGGGAAUCGACAGUGAGGAAAAGGAGAAAAAGGUGACCAAGCUACCCAAAAAGGAGAAGUCGGUGCUGCAGGGCAAGCUGACGCGCUUGGCUGUUCAGAUCGGGAAAGCGGGUCUGAUCAUGUCCGCCAUCACGGUCCUCAUCCUGAUUCUGUACUUUGUGAUCGACAACUUCGUGAUACACCGCAGGCCGUGGCUGCCUGAGUGCACACCCAUCUACAUCCAGUACUUCGUCAAGUUCUUCAUCAUCGGCAUCACCGUCCUCGUGGUGGCCGUGCCAGAGGGGCUGCCGCUGGCUGUCACCAUCUCACUGGCCUACUCCGUGAAGAAAAUGAUGAAAGACAAUAAUCUCGUGCGCCAUCUGGAUGCCUGUGAGACCAUGGGCAAUGCCACGGCCAUUUGCUCAGACAAGACAGGCACGCUGACCAUGAACCGCAUGACCGUGGUGCAGGCUUACAUCGGAGACACGCAUUAUCAUCAGCUCCCAGACCCCGACGUCCUGGCACCCAAGGUCCUGGACCUUAUUGUCAACAGCAUUUCCAUCAACAGUGCCUAUACCUCCAAAAUUCUGCCGCCAGAGAAGGAAGGCGGCCUGCCUCGGCAGGUGGGCAACAAGACGGAGUGUGCUCUGCUGGGCCUCGUCGCGGACCUGAAGCAGGACUACCACGCAGUGCGCAGCGAGGUACCCGAGGAGAAGCUCUACAAGGUGUACACCUUCAACUCCGUGCGCAAGUCCAUGAGCACCGUCAUCGAGAAGCCUGGCGGUGGCUUCCGCAUGUACAGCAAGGGCGCCUCCGAGAUCAUCUUGCGCAAGUGUAAUCGAAUCCUGGACAAGAAAGGGGAAGCAGUACCAUUCAAGAAUAAGGACCGAGAUGAGAUGGUGCGCACGGUCAUCGAGCCCAUGGCCUGUGAGGGCCUCCGGACCAUCUGCAUAGCGUACCGGGAUUUCAGUGACGUGGAGCCCCCCUGGGACAAUGAGGCCGAGAUCCUCACCGAACUGACCUGUAUCGCAGUGGUGGGCAUCGAGGACCCUGUGCGCCCAGAGGUACCAGAUGCUAUUGCUAAAUGCAAACGAGCUGGCAUUACCGUCAGAAUGGUGACAGGCGACAACAUCAACACAGCCCGGGCCAUCGCCACCAAAUGUGGCAUAGUGACACCCGGGGAUGACUUCUUGUGCUUAGAAGGCAAAGAAUUCAACCGACUUAUCCGCAACGAGAAGGGCGAGGUAGAACAAGAAAAACUGGACAAGAUCUGGCCUAAGCUUCGGGUCCUGGCGCGAUCUUCCCCCACUGACAAGCACACACUGGUGAAAGGCAUCAUUGACAGCACUGUUGGGGAACAGCGCCAGGUGGUGGCUGUCACCGGUGAUGGCACAAACGAUGGGCCCGCUCUGAAGAAGGCGGAUGUUGGUUUUGCCAUGGGAAUUGCAGGCACAGAUGUGGCAAAGGAGGCGUCAGACAUCAUCCUAACAGACGACAACUUCACCAGCAUCGUGAAGGCCGUGAUGUGGGGACGAAACGUCUAUGACAGCAUCUCCAAGUUCCUGCAGUUCCAGCUGACCGUCAAUGUGGUGGCCGUGAUUGUGGCCUUCACGGGAGCCUGUAUCACUCAGGACUCCCCGUUGAAAGCCGUGCAGAUGUUGUGGGUCAAUCUGAUCAUGGACACGUUUGCCUCGCUGGCCCUGGCCACAGAACCUCCUACGGAAUCUCUGCUGAAGCGCCGCCCCUAUGGCCGAAAUAAGCCUCUGAUCUCACGCACUAUGAUGAAGAACAUCCUGGGCCACGCCGUCUAUCAGCUCACCGUCAUCUUUCUCCUUGUCUUUGCAGGUGAGAAAUUGUUCGACAUUGACAGCGGGAGGAAGGCGCCCCUGCAUUCGCCGCCCAGCCAGCACUACACCAUUAUUUUCAACACCUUUGUGCUGAUGCAGCUCUUCAAUGAAAUCAAUUCCCGCAAGAUCCACGGAGAGAGAAACGUUUUCGCCGGCAUCUUCCGCAACCUCAUCUUCUGCUCUGUGGUCCUAGGCACGUUCAUCAGCCAGAUUAUCAUUGUGGAAUUUGGUGGCAAGCCCUUCAGCUGUACAAAGCUCACCCUGUCCCAGUGGUUUUGGUGUCUCUUCAUUGGCAUUGGAGAACUGCUGUGGGGCCAGGUAAUCUCCACGAUACCUACCCAGUCCCUGAAGUUCCUGAAGGAGGCUGGGCAUGGCACCACCAAAGAGGAGAUCACCAAAGAUGCUGAGGGGCUGGACGAGAUUGACCACGCAGAGAUGGAGCUGCGCCGAGGCCAGAUCCUCUGGUUCCGGGGCCUGAACCGUAUCCAGACUCAGAUCGACGUAAUUAACACAUUCCAGACGGGAGCCUCUUUUAAGGGAGUCCUAAAGCGACAGUCCAUGGGUCAGCACCUUGAUGUAAAACAUGUUCCUAGCUCGUCCUAUAUCAAGGUGGUCAAAGCGUUCCAUAGUUCCCUCCACGAAAGUAUUCAGAAAUCCAAGAACCAAAACUCCAUCCACAACUUCAUGGCCCACCCUGAAUUCGCCAUAGAUGAGGAGAUGCCGCGAACACCACUCCUGGAUGAGCAAGAGGAGGAAGAUCUCGAAAAGGUUUUUAAGUCUGAGACUAGCGUGCUCCCUUCGGAUGGUGAGGUCACUCCGUACGCCAACAGAAACAACAACGCAGUGGACUGCAGCCAAGUGCAGACUGUCGCCUCCCGCUCGGACAGCCCCCUGCACAGCCUGGAGACAUCAGUUUGAGCUUCUUUCUCGGCCUCCCAUUCCUGCUUUCCCUAUUUCCUUUCUCAUCCAUCCUGUCUAAGGGAAUGAUGGGGCUUUUUGCUCUCAUGUCAGCUGCUCCCAAGUAUGUGUGAGCCCCCACCUGACCAUGGAGAGACAAGAACACAGACCUGUGCGGAUUUCGACUUAAACUUGAGUUGGGGUUUAUAACAGGACCUAGUCAAACCUCAGGCAGGUAACGAAUGGUAAACUCUACACCUUGGGCAUGUCAGUUGCCAUUUUUAAACAAAUGAUGAUGAUCUUCUUGGCAUCCACCCCAGAUGCUCCUCCAUGAUACAUACAUAUGUCACAUAUCCUGACUUCUGGAUUUUACCCUAUGAGUCUAUGCCAUUUAUAAGCUAAGUUGAGGGUUCAGAGAGACAAAUCCCUGAAGGAAAUGUGUGGAGGUAGGGUGGAAUGUAUAGAAUCAGCCUAUAGAGUGAUUGUUUUUAAAAUGAUUUUCCCAUUUUCAAAAUGUAUACCUACACCCCUCUGAGCUCUUUCUGCCCUUCCAGUCAAACUUCCCCAAGGGUCUUUUGGUCUUUUGUAACCAUUGUCUUUCUUACAUGCACGCUUGGGUUUUUGAGUUGUGAUGAUUAAGAAAGUGGAAAGGACGUGGGUAAACUGAGUCAACUUUGGCCAUCCUCCCUUCUGGCCCCAGUGAAACUCUUAAUUUGGUUCUGGAGGCAGAUAGGUUUCUCUGCUGAAAGAGUCCUUUGAAGCACUUGAGAGUGGGUAAGAAGGUGGUCCUGUAGUCGCCAGGUCAGCUUGUACUUCUAAACUACCGUCCUGUCCGGUGUGUGUGGUUGCUAAGUGCUAGGGGAUCAGCCUUGACGGAGGAAAUUGUGUAUGUGUGGUAUAUAGUUUUUACCAUAAGCCUGAGUUUUCCUUUUCCUAAAGGGGUGGCAAAAGAAUGAAUUGUGAAUGACCCUGCCUCCUAACUGGACUUGGACACUGAGGACCAGAAGCGGGCGGGUCUAGGACAAGGUGCCAUCAAAGCCAGCUCUUGCAGGGUCCUGCUUGGGAUGCCCACUACUGCUUUCAAAGCCAUCUGCCAAGACUCCGCCAUGGCAGGACCUGAUUGCUGAGGGAGUGAGUGUCAAGAAGACUUGGGAGCGGCCAGAGGGCCCUGCUAGCAAGCUCUGAGAAAGCAGACACCUUCAGUUUGGGUGCCUGGAGACCAGCGUUGACAUUCCCUUUAGUUUCUAAUUCUACUCUGCUGUGUCCCCUAAACUCAUCCAGUCUCGGCAGAGGUCCCAGAUCUUUUUCAAAUAUUCAGAUUUUGAAAAUAUGGAUCCCAAGUGGGAGGCUCCGGUGACAUUUUGCUGACUUCAAGGAGCAAAAGGCCACCCUGGAAAGCCCUCCUCCCUCUCUUCCUCUCUCCCGCACGGCCCACUCAAGCCCCCUCCAGACUGUGCCCAGCUGCUGCAGCCCAGCCCUGUGCCUUUCCCUGAACACUGCCCAAAGCACCCCCUGCUCCCGUGCCUCUCGGGAGCGGGGGGCGUCACCAGGAGGUUUUCUAAGUGCUCCUUAUGGGGACCAGGUGGAGCCAUGUGUGCUAGGGCCCCCUUUUCAUCCCUGCUGUCGUUGACUGGCCCUCACAUCUGCCUGCUCCCAGCUCCCACCAGGCAAACGAAGCCUUCACCCCUCUGCUGAGGGUGAUGGGAGGAGGGGCUGGGGCUCCUUGAACUGCCGAGUUCCCAUCUGUGAGUCAGGUGCCCUGAACGGCUCCUUCCCUGGACCCCCUCCUGCCUCACUGCUUUCUCCUGAGCUGUCCAAGGUAGGAAGAAUAAUCUAGAAACAAUACCCCUACACACCUUUAUUACGACCUUACCCACCCAACUUGAUUUUGACUUUACAGACGUUACAUGCUUCAGCAAUCUUUUCUCUGUCUUAAAUACUCAUGGGGGAGAAAAAAAACCAGCUCCCUCUAGGUGUUAGGUGUUCACAUAUAUAUUUAUUAAGUACAUUGGAAAAUUUAGUUAUGUUAAGUCUUUUAUUACCUCAGAUCAGUUUAAAAAACAAGCCAAUAACAAACCUUGGAGGCUAUUUUACCAUUCCUGCUCCCAGAAGACUCUCACGGUGCCUGACAGGUGACCCCUGAGGGCUUGUAUCUACUUGUUUAAAGUCAACGGUUUUUUGUGUAUUUUCAUGGUAGGAGAGAAAAUAGAGAAAUAUUAUGCAAAAAAUAUAUAUAGUUUUCUUUAGACCAGAAACUGAUAUUUUUGCGUCAGCCAUAUGUAUUUUGUUGAAAGGAAUAAAAUAACGUGCUGUCAUGACCCCGUGGAGGGGGCACAUAGCCGGCUGUUUGACGUGACAGGGGACUUAGCAUAUUUGCCAUUGGGUUUAAAACCAAUGCACCGCCCUUCCUUUCUCCCAACAGCCAUCUUUAUACUUAGGGGGAAAAAAAAAAUUGUUGGGUUCUAAACUUUUUUAAUAUAAAUUGUGUUGAUAUGGAAUUGAGUAAGUUUAAGUGUUUAUGUGUGUAUGUUUUUUAUAUAAGUUUUUUUCUAUUCGGUUUCAGUGAUCCAACCGGCAGUGAGUAAAUAUGGUGUACGUUAAUAAAGGUUUCCCCCAAAAUGGUGCUUUGGAUUUGAAAAGGAGCCGAUGGGGAAAAGGGGAACGUAGGACCCUAGAUUCUUCUCUUGAUAAACCUAGAAAAAAGGGGCAGUAGAGUGCGAAUGGGAAGGAAGGCACCAGCGAGAAAGGAGGGAGAGGGCGUAACCCCGCCCUCCGGAGACGGGCACCAAGCUCCUUAGUAAUUAAUGCCUAGGACCAGGGGCCCUGGGUGGACUUUGUUUCUUGAUGAAUCGCUGGCAGAGUGGUACCCAAGACGUGAAUAUCUCUUGGGCUACAAGGAUACUCUGGUUUGGGGCUUGCAUUGUUUUAUGGUUUUUCCACCUCCUAUUGCCCCUGAAAUUUUCCAUUAGUGAGUUUUUGUGCAAGGACCUGACUUGGGACUUCUUCCAAUCACCUAGAAAGGUUUCAUGCAAUGUGUCCAAUGGGGGAUAGAGGUGUAAGAGAAAAAAAUAAAGGCUGGUUCUAGCCCUGGGUGACAGUCUUGGGGCUAGGUCCUUCCCUAGGCGCCCUCUGCCCCCUGAAACGACACCCCCAUCCCUGAAGGUGUUAGAGAGACCGCCUAGAAAUCCCUUUGGCGCUUGGGUUUCUUCUUCCCCUUGAGCUUCACAGGGGUGUUCGUGUGGUGACAGCUGAGUGAUCACCUCCUUGCCGAAGCCCGUAGGGCGUGGCCAGCUCACGUGUGCCCAGAAACCUCUAAGUGCGUCGCUUCCUUUCUGUCCUGCUUUCCUUGCCUAAUGAUUGGAGCAACCCGGGAUGCCAUCACCGAGUGCACACGUCCUCACUUUUCAUAUCUCGGGACACCCCACUGCCGUGGUGGGGCUGCGGCACCUAUGAACGCCUGCCAUUCUCAAGCCAUUCCAGCCUCCUCCCGGAAUGGCCCAGACACCCCUCCUUUUAGCUCAGUGCCAGUUCUUUGCCUUCCCAGCCCUGCUGUUAGGCCUGCUGGCCCCGUCCCCUUUCCUCUUGAUUAGGAGAGACAGAGGGAGGUGAGCGCCCCAUGAGGGAACCUGCCCUUGUUCCAUGUUGUGCCCCCAUAUGUAUAUAUGCCAUAUGUGAAUAUGCCAUAUAUAUGUGCCACAAAUCUAUGGUGUUCUUCAAAUUAGCACACAGACAGGCAUUUUGCAUUUCUUCUUUUUUCCAGUAAUGAGUAUAACAAGCACUGACAUUUUUGUAUAAAAAAGAAAAAACAGAAGAUUGACUGUUGUGGUUUGCAUGACAUAAACAAACAAAUGGUGACAUCCAAGCAACGUGUACCCCGGCGUGUGCUGCCAUAAUUUGCAGUUCGGCUUAUCGGUGCGCCCAAACUGUACUUGCAUUUUGAUAUUAUUUAAGCUCUCUGUACAAUGUUUUGCAUGUAUUUAUAUGGUUCUUAGGGGGAAAAUGCUAUAAACCGGCAAAUCUGAGAUUCAAGUAUGUUGUUCCACUGAGAUGGGAAGCCUAGAAGAGGCGUUUUUAAAGAAGAGAUAUAAAGGGAUAAUUUUUUGGGAACCAAUAAAGCUUGUUGCUGAUAAGCAGAAACCAAUACUGCCGUGCACUGAGAAUAAAGACCCGUGCCUCUUGUA